AUGGGUAAGGUUCACGGAUCUCUCGCCCGUGCGGGUAAGGUCAAGUCUGCGACUCCUAAGGUCGAGAAGCAAGAGAAGAAGAAGGAGCCCAAGGGUCGUGCUCUGAAGCGCCUCAAGUACACCCGCCGUUUCGUCAACGUUACCAUUACUGGUGGCAAGCGGAAGAUGAACCCCAACCCCACUUCUUAA